GCGAAGCGGGCGCAGGAGGUCAUGCGCCGCAUCGGCCUGCGGCUCAUCGCAGAGAAGAAGGCUGCGAUCGUCGCGGAGACCGCCGCCACCGAGAAGGGCCGCGGCGUCGAGCGCAAGGACAUCACGGAGCGCGACCUGCUCACGCUCCUCAUCCGCGCGAACAUGGCGACGGACAUCCCCGAGAGCCAGCGACUGACGGACGACGAGGUCCUCGCGCAGGUCCCGACGUUCAUCGUCGCGGGGCACGAGACGACGAGCACGGCGACGACUUGGGCGCUGUUCGCGCUUGCGCAGCGGCCUCACGUCCAGCGCAAGCUGCGCGCGGAGCUCCUCGGCGUGCCGACGGACGGCCCGACGAUGGACGCGCUGAACGCGCUGCCGUACCUGGACGCGGUCGUGCGCGAGACGUUCCGGCACCACGCGCCGGUGCCGAUGUCGCUGCGCGAGGCCGUGCAGGACGACGUGAUCCCCGUGGGGACGCCGUACACGGACAAGCACGGCAGGGUGCGCGAGACGGUCGAGGUCCGCAGGGGCGACCUCGUGUGCCUGCCGAUCUUGGCCCUCAACAGGCGCUGCGACAUAUGGGGCGACGACGCGCACGAGUUCAGGCCUGAGCGCUGGGAAGACGUACCUGAGGCGGCGGCGAGCGUCCCCGGCGUGUGGGGCAACCUCCUCACGUUCCUUGGUGGGCCGCGCGCGUGCAUCGGGUACCGCUUCUCUGUUGUCGAGUGCGUCCCUGCUGCUGUAUUCCUCUCCUUGCCGCGCCAGGUAUGCUCAGAGCUUCUUGGCAGGACGAAGGCACUCCUCUUCGCGCUUGUGCGCGCGUUCGAGUUCGAGCUCGCGGUGCCGGCCGAGGAUGUCAAGAAGCAGAGCCGCAUCGUCACGCGCCCCGUCGUCACAGGCCCCGACGGCAGGGCCAAGGCGUCGCUGCCGCUUAUCAUCAGGCCGUACAGGGCGUAGAGUACAGGGAGAGGGCUGGCUGUUUAAAUACGGCCGCCAGUAUUCGACACCUUGCUCGUUAAUAAA